AUGGACGCUGCGAACCGAGGUCUUUCCUACCUCUGCUGUGUGGGCGGCUCCUUGAAGCCGUGGGCUGAGGGUCAAGACGAAGGGGAUGACAAGUACGAGAGCCUCCAGGGCCCGGGCGGUCGCAACCUCACCGGCUCCGUGAACGACAAGCGUAUUUGCGUACCCCAGAAGAUCGAUCCUAAGACCUUCUUCGCAAAUGAGCGCACGUUCUUGAAGUGGCUGUCUAUUUCCGUGAUGAUUGGCUUGAUGUCUCUCACACUGUUGAACUUUAGCGAUUCCACUAACAACGGUGCAGAGCUAGCUGGCCUGGUGUUGCUCCCAGUCUCGAUUGUGUUCAUGGUGUACUCGCUGUUUAUCUUUCGCGAUCGUGCCAACAAGAUCUAUAUGCGCGAGCCGAUGCGCUACGAUGAUACACGCGGCCCAACGCUGCUAGUGCUUGUGCUAGGCUCAGCGCUGGCUUUGGCGACGCUAUUCUCACUGCAGCGUCAGUACACGCAGACAGUUGUCUCCUCCUUUUCAGAGUCCGCACGCUUCGCACAAUAG